GGUUCCCACUGGGGCAAAGGGUCCGUUUCUGAGUCUGGCUGUCACUAUGAAAGGCAACCGGAACUCGGCUGCCCUUAGUAAAGAUGGCGGAACGAACGGCGUCAUUGCUUGUUGUGCUGUGGCAUCGACGCCCUCGCUCAACAUGGAGGCCCUUUGUGCCCGCCCCCUUGGCUAACCGGCGGGUUUGUGGGUCAGAAUACGCAGUAGACGAAGGCGGGAGCGAUGGCGGCAAGGAUGGUGGCUUCUCGCAGACUCCGUGACCUGCUGACCCGGCCACUGACAGCCUCCAACCACCCGGGCCUCAGUAUUAGCCUUCGCCUCACUGGCUCCUCUGCAAAACAGGAGGCCUCUGGAGUAGCCCUCGGUGAAGCCCCAGACCACAGCUAUGAGUCCCUUCGUGUGACGUCUGUACAGAAACAUGUUCUGCACGUUCAGCUCAACCGGCCCAACAAGAGGAAUGCUAUGAACAGGGUUUUCUGGAGAGAGAUGGUAGAGUGCUUCAACAAGAUUUCAAGAGACGAUGACUGUCGGGCGGUGGUGAUCUCUGGUGCAGGAAAAGUGUUCACUGCAGGUAUUGACCUAAUGGACAUGGCUUCCGAUAUCAUGCAGCCCAGAGGAGAUGAUGUGGCCCGGAUCAGCUGGUACCUCCGUGACCUCAUCACUCGAUACCAGGAGACCUUCACCGUCAUUGAGAAGUGCCCCAAGCCUGUGAUUGCUGCCGUCCACGGAGGCUGCAUUGGCGGAGGUGUGGACCUUGUCACUGCCUGUGACAUCCGGUACUGUGCCCAGGAUGCUUUCUUCCAGGUGAAGGAGGUGGACAUAGGUUUGGCUGCCGAUGUAGGAACACUGCAGCGCCUGCCCAGGGUCAUUGGGAACCAGAGCCUUGUCAACGAGCUGGCCUUCACCGCCCGCAAGAUGAUGGCUGACGAGGCCCUGAGCAGCGGGCUGGUCAGCCGGGUGUUCCCAGACAAGGAAGUUAUGCUCGAUGCAGCCUUAGCGCUGGCAGCCGAGAUUUCCAGCAAGAGCCCCGUGGCGGUGCAGGGCAUCAAGGUCAACCUGCUCUACUCUCGCGACCAUUCGGUGGCUGAGGGCCUCAACUACAUGGCGUCCUGGAACAUGAGCAUGCUGCAGACCCAGGACCUCAUCAAGUCGGUCCAGGCCGCGACCGAGAAGAAGGAGCUGAAAAACGUCACCUUCUCCAAGCUCUGAAGCCCUUGCGUCUUAGGCCCCAGCCAGGGGGCUGACCUUGACCCACCUCAUCUGCAGAAAGGGAAGAUGGGCGGUGACUGUCCUCUGUGCCUUCUUACCCCAUCUCCCAGUUUAUAACUUUAUGACACUGACUUCCUCAAGCCCAAGGACUUAUCUUCACCCCACAAACAAUAAAGCAAAGUAAAGAA